AUGAUCUCCUUCAAGCAACUGCCUCUUGAAGCAAAGGCUGCAGUGGCUGCAGGAGUGGUUUUCUUCUCCAUGAUGCUAUCGCGGAGUUAUCUGGCAGAACAACUUGAAUUCAGGAUGCGGCGUCGGCUUCUAAGGCUGCAGAUGGCACUAUUUGCUAAUACACUCAUGUCGAUAGGAUCUCUUCAUGUUUGGAGAUGCACAGUCACUACGUUCUCCAGGUCUUCAGCUGCUAGCUCCUUCUGUUUCAUGCCAUGGAAAAUAGCUGUGUUCAUGUUUCUGGCUUUGGCUCAUUCAAGCUUCUUUACAUUGCUAUUUCUUGUUGCAGAAGAGCCUUAUUUCUUUUCUUUAGCUGCCUACACUUGUCUGGGGUCCUAUAUCCUUCUUAUCUUCUUCCUCUUCACUCUAGGCUCUGUAGAGCAGGCUUACAAGUUCUUGGCUGGAAGAAGUGCUAAGGCAAUCACUGGCAACAAGAACAGCAGAACAGCGAUGAAACCAGUUCUGGCAGUCAUGCUGACUGCUGUGCUGACUGUCAUUGGGCUGCUAAAUGCUUCCCGGCCUCCUACUGUGAAUUCAGUGGAGGUUCCAGUUCACAAGCUGCCCUCAACAAUGAAUAAUCUGAAAGUGGUGUUGCUUUCAGAUAUCCAUCUGGGGCCUACAGUUGGGAAGACCAAGCUUGCCAUGAUUGUGAGAAUGGUUAAGGAUUUGAAACCAGAUAUCACUGUGAUUGUUGGGGACCUGACUGACUCUGAGGCAGAGAUCAUCCGACCUGCCGUUGAGCCUCUUGGAGAACUUAACUCUCCUUUGGGGACUUACUUUGUCACAGGAAAUCAUGAGUACUACACAUCAGAUGUUAGCAACUGGUUUGAGCUGUUAAAAUCACUUAACAUUCAGCCACUCCAUAAUGAAAAUGUGAAGAUUGUUUCACCAAAGAGCGCUGAUGACUGGUUCUGCCUGGCUGGUGUUGAUGAUAUUGAAGCAGAUGUAUUGCGCUACUCAGGGCAUGGCAUGGAUUUAAAAAAAGCUCUCAGAGGUUGUAGCAGUGAGCACGCAAUAGUGUUGUUAGCUCAUCAGCCAGUCGCUGCAAAGUGGGCCCUUCAGGAGAGACCAGACAUAAAUUUAAUUCUCUCUGGCCACACUCAUGGGGGGCAGAUGUUCCCACUAAAUGCUGGGGCUUAUUUUCUGAAUCCCUUCUUUGUGGGCUUGUACAAAGUUGGGCAGAAUACCUUUGUCUAUGUCAGCCCUGGGACGAUGUACUUUGGAAUACCCAUGAGGCUGGGCAGCAGAGCUGAAAUAACAGAGAUAAUUCUACGUUCUCCUUGAGGUGCUUUUCAUUUGACAAACUUUUACCGUCCUUUUUGGUCAGCAUAUUGGAUCUUCUGCUCUGAAAGCAAAUCUUUUUUCAGGGAAACCAGAAAAGUUGUGUUAGAGUGGACUUGAGCAGGUUCCGUUAAGUUUGAGCAGAAAACACGAACUGUAUCUUGGGCUGUUAAAUCAGGCAUGUUAAAAUACUGAAGAAAUUUAUCCUUUGAGUUCAUUAUUAUUGCAGUUCUGCAUUUAAAGGUAACACUGAUGUCAUGGAGAUAAUGUGUGUCCUGUGCAUGUUCAGUAACAUCUGUGUCCUCAGCUACUUCAUGUUCUGUUAUGUUAUCCGUCAGGCAGCUGCCUUAUCAAAUCUCAGGCAGGUAAAGUUCUGAUCUCUUGCAGUGCAAUCGCUAUUGCAUGUUUUGCGGGAGUGACUACAGAAUGUUCACUGUGUAUGUAAACUCCAGAAACCUUUUACUAGAAAUGUUAUGGCAAGGGAUAUGUGUUUAGUUUUGUUUGUUGGCUUGUUUUGAUUGGAUACCUUUAUCCUGCUAUAUGUCUAUAGCAUGCACUAGGGCUUCCAGUGUGUUCUGCAUACCAGUACAGUAAAUUGCUAGGCAUCAGUUCCUGGAAUUCUUUUUUUUUUCCCAGUUCAAAAACUGGGGAGACUGAUACCAAAGGGUAAACAUAUUUUUCUUUCAGCAGGCAUUUUCCCCAGAAUAAUUUGGUAUCUAGUAAUUGCUUACUGAAAAGUGCUCUAAUAAAAUCAAAUGAGAAAGAAAACUCAUAAUUAACAUAACUUCUGUUGCUCUCUGAGCAUACAGUACCUCCUGACAUAAAGCACAAAAUCCAAAGCUGAACUAUUUUCUCUUCAUUCUAUAUUUUUUUGUUUAUGGUUAAUUUCUCUUCUGUGAUUUUUCUCUUACAUGAGUUAAGGAGAUGCUAUUUUAAAACAAUGCAAAUGAGAUUCAAUGGGUUAAUACUUGAACUUUAAGGUUUUAAUAUUUCAAGUAAGUGGUGUACUUUUUGGGAAGACUAAACUCCGCAGCAGGUGACUUCCUUUAAAAGCAUUUGCCUGUAAACAUCCUGGUUGUUUGACAGGCACAUAGCAGGAUAACUGCCACAGGAUAAUGGGGGAUGGAGAAUUUCUCUGUUUUUCCUAGAAGGGUUUAGCAGUAACUAAUAUCAUUCUGGGAAAUCCAAGAGAUUAGAAAAUACUAAUAAAAACAUUCUUGCUUCCAUAUCUUUGUGUUCAUCUAAGAAAGCCAGAAUGUAAAUUAAUGUGCAUAUAUUGUCCAAGCUCAUGGAAGAGUUUACUUCUGCAUGUCUUCAUUUUCCCUCCCCGUCUACUCAGUGUUGCUGUAUGAAACACCACGAACAGUACAAGUCUGGGACUCCUGCCUCUGACUCCGAGGUCUCCAGCUGCGGCUGCAGGGUCUCCCUUGUGCUGCCUUUCUGCCCACCAGGACCUGGGUUCCUCUCGGGGACGCCUGUGUGGCAUGAGGCGACAGAGACCAGUGCUGACCCAGGAGGCUGAGGAUGGCAGGACCAGAGCUGUGCUGGUCAGAUUUUCUCGGCCUUCGUGUGUGUGAUCCUGAGGCAGACACACUUCUGUUUUAUUCUUCAGCUCCUGUUCUCAUUUUGCAGGAGGCGUGGGGGAGUGUAUUUGAAGGGUACCUUAGACUUUGUACAGUUAGGCUUUUCUGGAAGCGAGAUUGUGAAGUUUCACUUCAUCCACUCCCUUCAGCUCCCCUCUACCCCCAGGCAGUUUCUAACUGCCAAGCUGGUUUUGUAUCCUGUUUCUCUGUACAAACAUCUUGUGUUUUUACUUGCAGGAGAAUAUAAAGAAAUGCUGUAGAUUCUUCAUGUGUGCUGGAAGAUUGGCAAGAUGGAGAAAUCAGUCCUCUUUUAGUCUGAAAACUGAACACCUGAACAGUUUACUUGCCAGACUAGAUAAUUUCUGUUUCCCAGCACCUAUAAUUUUGUAAACUUUUUUCAUGCUUGUGCAAUAAUACCUGCUUAAAUAUCCUAAAGUUUCCACAUGUAUUUAACACUGCCUGCAUGGGGUCCUUCCGAGGUUCUUUCCCAUUAGUGACUUAGUGUCAAGUGGUCUUCUGUAGAGUGAAUUGUCAUAGCCUGUAACUUGUUUACUUACCAACAUGUCUUCAGUUAAAAGCUGGGUUCUGGGUUUAGUAGAACAGAGUGUUCCCUCUAGGCCAGUGGUCCAGGAGGACAGCAUUUCAUUUGUCAUGCUGAGGGUUAUUACUGUGUUAAGAAGAUUAAUUGUUUAGCUAGUUUCCUUACUGAGAGGCUUUUGUAGGACUGUUUUUAGGUGCUAUUGGUUUCCCAGUGAGUUGCUAGUGUUACUUUUUUCUCCUGCCCUUUUUAUUUCCUCAUUCAGUCCAAAUGUGCACAAAAACCUACCUGAAGCGAUCCUUCAGUCCCAGGGGUGCGUAGAUGAUUUCUUCAUUGCUUUGUAUGUGCUCUUCUUUGAAGGUCUUUGUGUAUCCUUUUAGGAGCAGAUACACAUCCUUUUAGGAGUGGUCCUAUUAUAAUUUCAUAGAUUUAUUGCAACUGCCUUCCUCUGAAAGCUUGUUUGCUUGAUGAUUUUCACUUAAAAUGUUUUCUUUCUGUGCCAGAACACUUCAAAGCCUUUUUUUUAAGUAUGAUUGUAAGGUGUCUGAGAUCAACUUUCUUUUUGGUAGUAAAAGGAAUGAACCUUUUCUAAAAAAUCUUUCCAAGAAAGCAAUCUGUAAUUGUCCUCCAAGGCGUUUUCAGUUCUUUUCGUAAUUUGACUUGAGUGUGCAUAAUUUAGACUUGCGUUCAGUAUUCCAGAUGAAAAUAAAAUGCUGUGCUGCUUAUUUUGUAAUUUUUUAGUAUUUUUUGGUAUUUUUUUAAGAAUGUGUGGAAUGUAUUUGAUCUGGAUAACUUAAUUAAAUGAAUAUAUAUUAUUAAAGGCCAGUUCAUUGGUAGAGGGAGUUUAUCGCUGUCAGAAUAAUACCAGAAUAGAACAGUAUAAUCACUUUGUGAAAGAUAUAUUUAUUACAUCAUAUAAUCAUUACAGAGUGGAUUUGAAAAUAUGUAAAUUGUGGUAUAACAAAUGCUUUAAAUGUUGGGAUUUAAUAAAACUUUAUUUGUUUGUCAAGAAA